AGUCCUGUUUUUAAAAUACUUUCAGUGUGGCAUGGUAACUUUUUAUCGAUUCGUCCCAGAGGGAAGGUUUCUGUUGCCAAUAGUAACGUCCAACUAACCACGACAAAAGAAUUGUUCAUUUCGUAUUUAGACGCGUCAACAUCGCCAUGGAAGAGUUAAAAAAACAUGAACUGUAUAUUGACGAAAUUUACAAACUACGGGUCUGCGACCCGUACAUUGGAAACCAGAAAAUAGAACUGCGUCAAGAAUGCAUUGAAUAUUCAAAAAUAUUAGAUUCGUUUAAAGCAGUAUCGUACAGCUUAUUUAAAAUAACCAAAACGAUUGCUAAAGAUGUCAAUGAAGAAAAAAUUCGUGGCAUUGGAACCCAAAACCAGCUUAAAACCAUAUCGGCGCAAAGCCGGAACGAGCAUCAGAUGCAUCAGUGUUUAAUUUUUGAAGUGAAUUCUGAAUUACAACGGUUGAGAAGGGAGCACCAGCUUUUGCAAAAUAUAGAGACUGAGCAAAUGGAAAUAAUUUCCAAUUUCAUUGUGAAUCAAUAAUUAAAUUCACAUAAAUUAUA